CUGAUACAAGAAUUUUACGUUGGACGGACGCCUCGAUGCACAAAUAAAAUUUUUAAAACAAAUCGGGUGCAACGGCCAAUCCCGCAAACAGUGGCUCAAAUCGGUGGAUUUUAGCACGGGAAAUUUGAAAAAAAUUCGAAAAAUAUAGUACAACCGAGCGGGUGUUUUGAAAAAGUGUAAAAGGUCGAAAAGUGCAGGCGACACUGCAGUUCGGGGUUCCUUGGAAAAAGAGCAUAUCCAAGUGGUUGACAAACCAGUUAAAUAGCAGCCACUUUUUAAGGAGUUACCUAUUUGAGAAUAUCAAUCCGCGCCAUGGGUCUCAACGGCUGCUGUUCGUGCGUCAAAUAUCUGAUGGUCCUUAUAAACAUUUUAUUCUGGCUCAUCGGACUGACCAUCGUAGUGACCUCCGUUUGGAUGCUGACGGAUCCCACAUUUAUGCUGUCUAUGACACAAAACUACAAUCACUAUCACAUAGCCCUGUAUGUUUUCCUGGCCAUUGGCAUACUGAUCACAUUGGGCGCAUUCUUCGGCUGUUGUGGAGUCUGUCGGGAGUCGCAAUGUCUGCUGGUUUCGUUCUUCUGUGUCAUACUCAUCGUGAUGGUGGCACAAAUUGCAGCCGGGGCAUGGGCCUUCCACAACAAAGACAAGUUGGAUGACAUCGUGCGGGCGGCAGUCAAGUCGUCAGUCCAGGAGGAGUACGGCCAGUCCACGAUGAGUUCGCGCACCGUCACCUUUGAUACGCUGCAAAAGAAUUUGAAAUGCUGCGGCGCCGAUGGACCUGGAGAUUGGGCCACCAGUCGGUUUAAUAAUGUGGAUCGCACAAAUAUUGUGGAGAUCGCCGUGUCUUCCAUGAAUGUCUUCUAUAACAUACCCGAGUCCUGCUGCAAGGAUAAUCUAAAGGAUAACGAGUGUGAGCUGUCGCGGCGGCUGAAAUUUGGUGGCCCAUUAAACAACGCCAUUUAUCAGCAGGGCUGCGUGGACAAGCUGAUUGAGAUCAUCUACGAGAACUGGAUCACCAUUUUCGCCGUCACCGCCGCUGUCAUUCUGCUGGAGCUGCUGUCCCUGACUUUCGCCCUGAGCCUCUGCUGCGCGGUGAGGAAUCAGCACUACAAGGCCUGAGAGUUACAGAAUUCCCAUAGGGAAAUCACGGACGAUGAGAAGUACUAACAAACCAAAUCGAAACGGAUGCAUAGCGAGCGUUAUUACUGAAGACGUGCGAAUGGGGAAAAGCAUUUAGCAGCGCAGGCUAGCGAGAUAAUGUUCGGUGUUCCCUGGUCAAUACUUUAACAACACUACUGACGACAGAAACAACACACUUUUGUAGUACUUUUAACAACAAGACAAGCGAAAACAACACGAGACAGCUGAGCAAUUGUAUUAGAGAUGAGGCACCUUUUGGAAUUUGUGAAACAUUUUUAAAGCACAAUCCACAGGAGCCUCAGAAGCGACUUUAUAUGAACUUGAUAUGCCAGCAGAGCAAAAACAUACAACUCUUUUUUAACAGAAUAUUUCUACCACAAAAAACACAGACAGUAAACUUCAUAUAUGUACGAACAACAUAAGCAGCUCCAUAAUACUUAGCCUAGCGAAACAAUUUUGAAUUCAUAGAUACAUGCUAUAUAUUAAAUAUAUAGAUCAAAGCAUAAGCACAAAAGUAUAAUGUUAAAUGCCAAAACAAAUGGAAAAAUGUAAAAAAGAAAUCAUGUAAAUUUCUUUUAAGAUUUGUUUCCUCCCAUAAGACUUUUGAAUCGAUUACAUUUUUUGUUUGAUGUUGCCAUUUUGGUAUGCUAACACAAUGCCAAAAGAGAUAUGAAAUCAUAUACACUUAUGAUGUAACAUAUGAUAAUAGCAUUCCACAAGAAUGAGAAUGAUUGACAGAUUUUUGUUCUGGUUAAAACGCAUUGCCAUCCAAAGACCCAGCCGAAAAUAUAUUUUCAAAUCACUUCUGAACCUUGUGCAAAAUGUUGUGCUAAAAUCGAAUACCAUUCAAUUCGUAGAGCUUCGCGAAAUUAAAUGCCAAAUAUUUUAUGUAUUUACAAAAUUGUAAUUUAAUUUAUUUAUGACCUAUUUAUUUGAGCAUAAGCAAGGAGCAAAAGCAAAACGUUAGGAAAUUAUAUGUAAGUGUUGGCCAUUCUGUUGACAAACAGCAUUCUGUAUAUUUACUCCUCACACGAUCCCCAAACAGUAUAAUGGUCAGUAUGAUCGUACGUCUAUCUUAAACAUAUGUCUAUGUUUGUGUACCCUUGCAGAUACAAUUAAGGAUUGUAAGUACUGCAAGGAUAUAUAGAUAAGUUCAAGUGAUUGUUGACCAUGCUGUAAGUUCGUAACCUUUAAAAUCACCCACACUUGAAACGAAUUUUGUCGAAUCCAACUUACCUGCAUCGAAAUAAAUUUUGAUUUUUCCCUCCUCGUGCAAGGGGAACUAUUUAUAUGGGAAACCGUUGAAGCAGCACAAAAUGUUAAAUGAAUAGUACACACUAACGAAACAAGAAGUCUCUAUAUUUACAUUGUAUUUUUACCAUACACCAUAAACUAAUUGAAGGAUAUAUAUUUUUUGUAACAUUUUCAUUUCAUUGUUGUUAUAUGUGAAUUUUGUUGUUAGUUAAGCGUACCCUGAACGUCACACUUUGUACCCCUUCACAACGUUUAAAUAAAUUAAAUCUACAAAAAUCAACGUAAGGACAAAAUUAUAUUAAAUUUACAAAGCAAAUUGCAAUAAAUAUAUAUUGUAUUUAAAUUUACACAUUAACGUAAAUUAUUUAUUUUAACAUUUCUUAGUAAGUAGUUACGUGCGGAAUUUUAUGGAGUUGAAACACAUAUACAUACAUAAAUAAUAAAGUUGUAGGCUAAGAACUAAACCUCAUAAAAUCAACGUUCAUCUGUUGGAUUUGUAGCAAAUCAUUGGAAUAUUUAGGAAAUAAAAUCUUCAAAAUUUAAUGUUCUCUUAAUAUUAAGCAGAAUUGAACGUAGCUAAAUAUUUAUAGCAUAAAACUCCAUCAGCAUCUAAACUCAAAAACCAAAAUAAGUAAACGCAUCUACUCUUCAAACAAAGAUACAAUCAACUCAGCAUCUUCAUAACGUACGGAAAUUACGUAGUUUGUAUGAAAUAAAAAAGCACAUUUAGCAAGGCAUCUAACAUGAAAACGGAAAAGUUAAACAAUAUUAACGAUGCUCAAGAUCUGUAUUUAACACCAUAAUACCAACAAAGAAGGUUCAGAUAAUACUAAAUCAUUAUGGAUAAUUGAGAUAAAUUAUAGAGAACCGCGGUAUACAAACUGAUAUUUCAAAUAAAUAAACAUACAAUAAAUCCAA